AUGGUGCUCGCGUGGGUUUCAACUCGUGGACUGGAAGAUGCAGCUCGCUCGGCUAUCGCCAACGUUGGUUCAGAGAGAGCUCCUGGGGGUCUUACCAACAAGACCAAAAAGCCUCUUAGAUUUUCUCCUUGGAAUGCAAGCUUUUUGUUCUGGUUUCGGAGCAAUCUGUUAUCAUAUCGGAGUGAGCUCAUGGACAUUGGGUUCCACAAGGUGGAGAAGAUAUCCAUCACUUGUGCUGGUCGAUCACCUCGAGUUCUGAAGGACUUUCUUUGCGAAUGUCGCCACGAAUACUUGGAAAAGCUCAAGCAUAAGACCACAAUUUUCGAGAAUCGUGGUGAGCACUGGAGGAAGGUAGCGACCAAAGACAUCAGGCCGCUGUCGACUGUCAUUUUCGGUGAGAAACAGAAGCAACAGCUGAUUGCCGAUGUGAAAAGCUUCUCAGACCCUGAAACGCGAAAGUGGUUCGCAAAGCGCACAAUCCCUUAUCGAAAGGGCUACCUACUCCACGGCCCGCCUGGGACGGGAAAAUCGAGUUUCAGCAUGUCUGUGGCUGGCGAACUUGACGUUGACAUGUACGUUGUCAGCAUCCCUGGAGUGAAUGACCAGACACUCAGAGAUCUCUUCGCCGAUCUCCCCAAUCAAUGUGUCGUCCUCUUGGAGGACGUUGAUGCUGUCGGGCUGGACCGCUCUCCUGAACCCAGCGGCUCUGACGGGGUCUCUUCAGAGCCGAGGACGCCAAUUACGUUAUCAGGCCUUCUCAACGUCCUUGACGGUGUGGCAUCGCAGGAGGGCCGAGUUCUCAUCAUGACAACUAAUCAUGUUGAAAAACUGGACGAGGCGCUCAUUCGACCUGGUCGUGUGGACAAGAAAGCCGAAUUCCAAUAUGCCGAUGCUGAAAUGACUCGCCAGCUAUUUGGAUUCGUUUUUGGGCUGGAUCUCAGUCUGCUGGGCAAAUCCGACUAUCUGGAUGUGGCAGCUUGCGAUCUCGCCGCAGAAUUUGUUACCAAAGUGCCACAGCUAGAGUUCAGUCCGGCCGAGAUCUUAUCGUAUCUCCUGCAAUAUAGGCAGUCACCGGCCGACGCUGUGAAACACGCUGAGGAAUGGGUUGCGGUCUUGCGACGUGAGAAGAAUGGUUUGCAAGGAAACGUGAUUCCUGUCGAAAGCUGA